CCACGAAAUCAAAUUUUACCUUUAUUUCUUUAUUUAUAUAUUACCUAUCUCAAUAUUCUACUUGAAAUGUGAAAUAAUAAGCUCCACCUUACAGCUUCAAGGAGUGCCAGGAUGGUAAGUGAACUAUUUAGAACUCGGCUUCAAGAUGGAUAUGUUUCAUAUCGGUGGGAGAGGAGGAUGCAGGAGUUUCUAUCAGUUCCCUUUUCCAGCUGCUUUCUUUCCAUACUCCUCCUUCCUAAAGCUUCAGAUGAAUGCGCUUCUCACUACAAUGACUUGGAAGACACGCUUGCUAGGGCAAAUGCAUGGAUCAAUUCAUCUCAGGCCUCUGGAGUUCCAAUAGUCUUCAUGAACGUGCAGACUGAGUCACUGCUUACAAAGAUCUCUGGAAAAACAGCUUCUUCCACAGUGAAUGCAGGGUCCUUAUCUGAUUUGUCUAAUCUUGCAAAUGUAAGCCUAUAUGGUUUUGAGGAUUACCACGGGGUAGACAUUGGUGUUGUUAGAGCAGUUCGUCUCUGGUAUGCUCCUCUUGGAGAAGAGUUUGCAAUUGAAAUCAAGCUAAGAGAAGACGACACAAAGCUUGGAUUCGCUAUUAGCCGUACAGAAGAGGGAUUUAUUUUCAUCUCAUCAGUUAUUGAUGAUGAUGAAAAUGCACCUUCGACCCGGUCAGGGCUACAAAAUUUGUAUAAAGAAGCUACAAACUCAUCUAGGCUGCUGGUGGUCUCAAGAAUUGCCAAUCAGAAGGUCCUACCAUGGUUAGUUUCGUCAACGGGAGCAAUUCGAUGCUUUGACACUGUUUCACUCAGCCAGAAGCUCUCAUUGCACCGGCAUGCCAAGGUUCCAAUUACCAUUCAUGUGUUGUUGUGGGAUAGAUCAUUGGCUGUACCAAGUGGUGCCAACGGGUCUAGAGCUGCUACCCCUUCUGUUAUGCAAUUACCACCUGAAGUUCAAUUGUCAUGCCGUCCUGAUGAGAAUCAAAUAGAGCUUCUGCCACCUGAAGUUCCUAGUGAUAGUAGUAGAGUUGUUGGUGAUCAUGGACCAGAAAUAACGCUUGAGCGAGACACGUCUGGGGAAGCCUCCUUUAGAUUCCAUGAUUUCGCACUUGCAAGCAAUUGGAAUCUCAGUUCAUGUUCGCGGCUUCAUCUCAAGUUGUCCUCCCGUGUCUUCACUGAUAUGGACAAUGAAGUGAUUGAGGAUGAUGAUGACAUCAAUUUGAAAUCAUUUGGUGAUGAACUUGAUGCUCCUCCCGGAUUUAGAGAUAAAAAUAAUCCUAUUGAAGUUGAAGAUGAAGAAGAUGAGGAUGAAGAUGAUGAUAGUGAUGCUAGUGGUGGAACAUCUAGUUCACAUGAUUAUAUUGAUUUCAAUUUUCUUCAUAACAAAUGA